GUUGAUUUGUAAAGAUUAGUUUUGCAUGAGUAUGUGUGUGUAUGUAUGUAUGUUAUUUGUCAUUUGGAAAAUACUUGAAUUCAUAUGUGAUAAACAUGUUACUUACUAUAUGUUUUAAAAGGUCAUGGAGGCUCACAGAGUGUUUGUUGUUUUUUCAUCUGUCUUGCUUCAUAAGAGUUUGCCAUAUAGAUGGUGAUAAGUUUAUCCCUUCUUUCCUAUUCACUGCAUUUGGUGUGAUUAAAAUGUGCAAGGCUUCCGAAGUCAAUCUUUCUUUAUGUGAAUGAAAUCCUCUUGCAAGAAUUUCGACAUUGUCAAAAUUAAUCUUAUGUCCACUGUCUAUCGUAUGCAUUGUCACAACCGAUCUUUUUUCUAGACAUUUUAAUUCUACUUCAUUUCUAGGUGGACGUUUCGUGCAUAGUCUAUGUUCAUUCACUUUGACCUUCACCUGCCUACUGCUCUCCCCUAUGUAUAGCAUGCUUCACAA